AUGGAACACUCAUAUUUUGCUUCAUCUUCUAGUACUAUUGAAAAUCAAAUUGAACCAUUUGAUUUUUUUGCAGAUAAAACCCAAAAUGCAUUUGAAUUUCUUAGUUUGUCUCAACCAUCUAAUCAGAAUAUUGAAAAAAUGUCAAAUUAUCAAGAAAACCCUAAUUGGGAGAAUGAAGAUGAUGUGACUGUUGCCUUACACAUUGGUCUUCCAAAUUCUAGCAAUAAUAAUAUUCCAAUUGAUCAUAACAAAAGUGAUGGAAAUAUUAUUGGAGCAGCCACUCAAUAUUGGAUACCAACUCCUUCACAAAUUCUUGUUGGCUUCACCCAUUUUUCAUGUCACAUUUGUCACAAAACUUUCAAUCGUUACAACAAUCUUCAGAUGCACAUGUGGGGUCAUGGUUCACAAUAUCGAAAAGGACCAGAAUCACUUAAAGGAACACAACCAAAAGCCAUGUUAGGGAUUCCAUGCUACUGUUGUGAAGAAGGGUGCAAGAACAACAUAAAUCAUUCUAGGGCUAAGCCAUUGAAGGAUUUUCGAACACUACAAACACACUACAAGAGGAAGCACGGGACAAAGCGAUUCUCCUGCAGAAAAUGUGGCAAGUGUUUGGCUGUUAAAGGAGACUGGAGAACACACGAAAAAAAUUGUGGUAAACGUUGGCUUUGUGUUUGUGGUUCUGAUUUUAAACACAAGAGAUCUUUGAAGGAUCAUAUCGCAUCGUUUGGUCAAGGUCACGGGCCAAAUAAUUCAUUUGAUGGAGUUGAACUUCAGAGAUCAGGAAAUUUUUUCGUUUGA